GAUCUUAUACUUCUUUUGAUGCAAUGGAUAUUGAUGAAUAUCAAAUAUUUGAAAUUGAUCAUACCCAAUUUCGUCCUUGGAACGCUGCUUCCUUAAAUAAAAUCGAUAUUAUUAAAAAUGGAUCUUCAGAAAUUACUUCUGUACCUAAUCAACUGUCUAUUCUCUCUCCGGAACAAUCAAAUCAAAAUAAUUUUUGGUAUCAACCUACUUUUCAACAUCAAAACAAUUCAUCAUAUAGUGCAAUUGAAGAUUUAAAACAAAUUAAUUGGGAUGAUUUUACCAAACAAAUGAUGUUAGAAGAAUCCAGGAUUACAAAAAUUCAAAAUUUAAAUCAAAACUCUUCUACUUUUGAUAAAACGAUAUUAGAUGAAUUUGAUCCAUUGUAAUUUUCAGGAAAAGUGA